AUGUGCCAAUACAGAAUUAUACUUUUAAACAUAGCAGAUGAAAUAGAAGAUACCAUUAUUAUUAAUAAUCAAAGGCCAAAAGCUUAUCGGUGGUGUUCUAAAAAUGGUUCUACAACUACAACUAUUGUUGUAGAGAAUUUAAAAAUAUCUGAUAAAUACAAAAAAGGAGGCAUAAUAUCAAAAAAAAAGUAUCGCAAAAAAGUUGAUAUUGCUAUUUCUUUCAGAGUUGAUAAAGAAAAGAAUAAAAAUGGAGAAAAAAAUUUUGGAUAUCUUUAUUCCUUACUUGGCAAAGUGAAGCUUCCAGAAAUUAAUGGUGAAAAAGAUUACAAAAAAAACAUUCGAGCUUUAAAUGAUAAUUUUAAUACAAUUAUUAAACAUUACUCUAAGAGAGCAAAAAAAAAUUCAAAGAAGCUAUAUGGACUAUUUGAUGGUAUUAAACUUGGAGGAAUACAUACAUCAGAAGGAGAAAUAUAUCUUUUUCAAUAUGUAAGAUUCACAAACCAGAACUUUGGUAUUCUAUCUGAUAUCUGUUCAGCUAAGAUUCCUUCAAAACCUGAAGUUCAGCACGCAGGCCAAAUAAUUGACUUUCUUUAUUGUGAAGCUAAAAUUCUUUUAAAAUCUGACAACAUUUCAGAUUCAAUCUUUUUGCUGAGUUUAUUGAUCUAUAUUAAGGUGACCAUUAAUGAAAACUUAAAUAUUUUAAGAAAAAUUGAAAAGGAAAUUGAAAGUAUUAAGAAAUUUUACAACAGAAGUAAAGAAAAUCAAAAUACACGAGACUUUCUUAUGAAUGCUGUUCAAGUAAUGCCAUCAACACCUCUGAAAAACUUUAAAUAA